CACAUUCAAGCACCCAUGCACCCUUCCGCAAUUCAGAUAUUGGUCGCACCCAAGAUUCAGAACUUUGGUUUGUAAAGUUUGAUUCUUGAUCGUUUGUUUUGUUAAGAAAGAGGAGCUACACGCAAUCAAGAUCAAGAUAGAUCCCGAAAAUGGAGGGAGAAGGAGUGGUCGGGGCACCAGGGUUUAGAUUCUACCCUACAGAAGAAGAGUUGAUAACAUUUUAUUUGAAGCAUAAGAUACAAGGCACCACCAGAUUACUGCAACAUAUCGAUAGAGUCAUACCUCGGCUUCAUGUCUACGAUUUCUACCCAUGGGACCUCCCUCAAUACGCUGGAGAACGUUGUAAAGGAGACCUCGAGCAGUGGUUCUUUUUCAUUCCUAGACAAGAGAAAGAAGCAAGAGGAGGGCGACCCAGCCGCCUGACGAGUUCCGGCUACUGGAAGGCCACCGGUUCACCAAGCAUCGUUUACUCUUGGAAUAAUCGAGCCAUUGGGAUCAAGAGAACCAUGGUUUUCUAUAAUGGUAGAGCUCCCAGUGGGACCAAGACCAAAUGGAAAAUGAAUGAAUACAAGGCUUUCCAAGAAGUCCCCUCCUUAAACUCUAACCCUAGACCCGAGUUGAUGGAGGAAUUAAGUUUGUGCCGAGUGUAUGUAAAAUCAAAUUGUUUGAGGGCUUUUGAUAGAAGACCAUCAGGAGUUGCACUAAACGAGCAUGUGCCACCCUUUCAAUUCAACUAAUCCUAGCCAGCCAUCAUCAAUAAUAAAGAAGAGGGCAAGCUUUUCUAGCUAUAUCUACUCCUGUGCUUGCCGAUUAUUAGUGGUCAAUCUUCAAAAAAAAAGGGUAUACCGUAUACGGACGUACCCUCCACCGCGGUCAAGUUGAGCUAAGGUAAAUUAUAUUAUGCCAAGAACAAGAAAAGUUAUAUCCAAAUUUGAAUAUAUAUCAUAUACCCUACUUAUGGAUCCUCAUGUGUAUAUAUAUAUAUGGGAAUCAACGAUGAGCCUUUGUGGUCUUUUGUGGAUUGAUCUCAUCUCUCUUUUCUCAAUAAUUAGAAGUGCUGGGUACGUACUGCUAUAAUGUGUCAUUUGGAGAUAUUUGGUAUUUGCUGAACGUACGGCUUAUUUUUUAAGAGAAAAAGAGUUGUAGAGCAUUACUAUUUGGGUCCAUUGUUGCUUCUUACUUGCAUUAUGUCAAUGUAUGUAAAUGAUUAAAAUAAUUCUUUUGUAUUUACUUUUAUUUAUUACACUAUAAGAAAUAUGGUUUUGGCAUGUUGUCACUAC